GCAGGCUGAGCGGCUGCGCUUGUGUCGCGAGGAGCUUUGGCAACUGCUGGCGGAGGAGCGCGUGGAGCGCCUGGGCAGUUUGGUGGCCGCCGAGUGGAGACCGCAAGAGGGCUUCGUGGAGUUGAAGUCUCCUGCGGGUAAAUUCUGGCAGACCAUGGGCUUCUCAGAGCAGGGCCGGCAGCGGCUUCACCCGGAAGAGGCCUUGUAUCUGCUGGAGUGUGGCUCCAUCCAGCUCUUCCACCAAGACCUGCCGCUGUCUAUCCAAGAGGCCUACCAACUGCUGCUGACCGAGGACACCAGGACUUUCCUGCAGUACCAGGUCUUCAGCCACCUGAAGAGACUGGGCUAUGUGGUUCGACGAUUUCAACCAAGCUCUGUCCUGUCCCCUUAUGAGAGGCAGCUGAACUUGGAUGGCAGUGCCCAGCACUUGAAGGAUCGGAAUGGCAAGAGGAAGAGGAGGAGCUCCAGCUCUCGGUCCAUUAAUAAGAAGCCCAAGGCCUUGGAGAACCCCCAGCAGGGGGUGGAUGGGACACCUGAGAGACUGGCAACCUCCAGCCCACCUCCCCGAAACAAGAACAGCCGGUGCCCAGAGGAGAAACCCCAGGAGUCAAGUCCCCUAAAGGGCCCAGGGGGCCCCUUUCAGCUUCUGGGGUCCCUGGAGCCCUACUCUGGUCUGGCCAGGGAGGGGGUGUGGUACAGUCAGGAGAGUGGCAAAGUAGAGAAUGGGGCCAGGGGGGCUUGUAAGCCACGCUGGAACUUUGAGCAGAUCUCCUUCCCCAACAUGGCUUCAGACAGCCGCCACACCCUCCUGCUUGCCCCAGCCCCAGAGCUGCUCCCUGCCAACAUCAUUGGGCGGGAGACAGAUGCUGCGUCCUGGUGCCAGAAGCUAAACCAGCGGAAGGAGAAGCUCUCCCGGCAGGAACGGGAGCAGCAGGCAGAGGCCCAGCACUUCCGGGAGGAUGUAAACUUGGACCCCGAGGUGCGGCGCUGCUCCAGCUGGCAGGAGUACAAGCAGCUGCUGCAGAAGCGGCACCUGCAGAAGACCCAGAGCCGCCCCCCACACCUGUGGGACCAGCUUGUCACCCCCUUGCUGAGCCCUGGUCAGGCAGACUCCCCAGCCACUGUCCUUCAGCAGAUCUCUAUGCUGCAGACAACACACCUUGCUGAUGGAGGUGCCUGGCUGCUGGAGAAGUCUGGGGGCUUGGAGAUUAGCUUUGAUGUUUACCAGGCUGACGCUGUGGCCACGUUCCGAAAGAAUAACCCUGGCAAGCCUUAUGUCCGGAUGUGUGUUAGUGGGGGGCUGCACAGGAGCAAGAUGAGGCGGUUCCUGAGGCCGGGACAUGACCCUGCGAGAGAGAGGCUCAAGCGGGACCUCUUCCAGUUUAACAAGACGGUGGAGCAUGGAUUCCCGCACCAGCCCAGCGCCCUCGGCUACAGCCCGUCUCUGCGCAUUCUGGCCAUUGGCACCCGCUCUGGAGCCGUCAAGCUCUAUGGUGCCCCAGGGGUGGAGUUCAUGGGUCUGCACCGGGAGAACAAUGCGGUUGUACAGAUCCACUUCCUGCCUGGACAGUGCCAGCUGGUCACCCUGCUGGAUGACAACAGUUUGCACCUGUGGAGCCUGAAGGUCAAAGGUGGGGUGUCGGAGCUACAGGAAGAUGAGAGUUUCACACUACGUGGCCCCCCAGGGGCUGCCCCCAGUGCCACGCAGAUCACCGUAGUCCUGCCACAUUCCUCCCGCGAGCUGCUCUACCUGGGCACUGAGAGCGGCAACGUGUUCGUGGUGCAGCUGCCGGCCUUCUGCACACUGGAGGACCGGACCAUCAGCUCGGACGCCGUGCUACAACGGUUACCAGAGGAGGCCCGCCACCGGCGGGUGUUUGAGAUGGUGGAGGCUCUGCAGGAGCAUCCUCGGGACCCCAACCAGAUCCUCAUUGGCUACAGCCGGGGCCUCAUCGUCAUCUGGGACCUGCAGGGCAGCCGCGUGCUCUGUCAUUUCCUCAGCAGCCAGCAACUGGAGAACGUCUGCUGGCAGCGGGAUGGCCACCUGAUUGUCAGCUGCCAUUCUGACGGCAGCUACUACCAGUGGCCCGUGUCCCACGACACCCAGCAACCAGAACCCCUUCGCAGCUGUGUGCCUUACGGUCCCUUUCCUUGCAAAGCUAUUACCAAAAUCUUCUGGCUGACCACUAAGCAGGGGUUGCCCUUCACCAUCUUCCAGGGUGGCAUGCCACGGGCCAGCUAUGGGGACCGCCACUGCAUCUCGGUGGUCCACAAUGGCGAGCAGACAGCCUUCGACUUCACCUCUCGGGUCAUCGACUUUACUGUCCUCGUCGAGGCAGGCCCUGGGGCUGCCUUUGAUGACCCCUAUGCUCUGGUGGUGCUGGCCGAGGAGGAGCUGGUGGUGAUUGACCUGAAGACGGCUGGUUGGCCUCCGGUCCAGCCUCCCUACCUGGCUUCCCUGCACUGCUCCGCCAUCACCUGCUCCCAUCACAUCUCCAACAUCCCUCUGAAGCUGUGGGAGCGGAUCAUCGCUGCCGGCAGCCGGCAGAACACACACUUCUCCACCAUGGACUGGCCCAUCGAUGGUGGCACCAGCCUGGCCCCGGCCCCACCCCAGAGGGACCUGCUGCUCACAGGGCAUGAGGAUGGCACGGUGCGGUUCUGGGAUGCCUCGGGUGUCUGCUUGCGGCUGCUCUACAAACUCAGCACGGUACGGGUGUUCCUCACCGACACAGACCCCAGCGAGAGCCUCAAUGCCCAGGGCGAGGAUGAGUGGCCACCCCUCCGCAAAGUGGGCUCCUUUGACCCCUACAGUGACGAUCCUCGGCUGGGCAUUCAGAAGAUUUUCCUCUGCAAGUACAGCGGCUACCUGACUGUGGCUGGCACAGCAGGGCAGGUGCUGGUGCUAGAGCUGAAUGACGAGGAGGCGGAGCACGCCGUGGAGCAGGUGGAGGCUGACCUGCUGCAGGACCAGGAGGGCUACCGUUGGAAGGGGCAUGAGCGCCUGUGUGCCCGUCCGGGGCCUGUGUGCUUUGAGCCUGGCUUCCAGCCCUUCGUGUUGGUGCAGUGCCAGCCCCCGGCCGUGGUCACCUCCUUGGCCCUGCACUCCGAAUGGCGGCUCGUGGCCUUCGGCACCAGCCAUGGCUUUGGCCUCUUUGACCACCAGCAGCGGCGGCAGGUCUUUGUCAAGUGCACGCUGCACCCCAGCGACCAACUGGCCUUGGAGGGCCCACUAUCCCGUGUGAAGUCCCUAAAGAAGUCUCUGCGCCAAUCUUUUCGCCGGAUACGUCGCAGCCGAGUGUCCAGCAGGAAGCGGCGUCCUGCGGGCCCUCCAGGAGAGGUGCCUGAGGGGAGCACCAGGGCAGAGCGGGCCGGCCUGCAGAACAUGGAGCUGGCGCCCGUGCAGCGCAAGAUCGAGGCCCGCUCGGCAGAAGACUCCUUCACAGGCUUUGUCCGGACCCUCUACUUUGCUGACACCUAUCUGAAGGACAGCUCCCGCCACUGCCCCUCGCUGUGGGCUGGCACCAAUGGUGGUACCGUCUACGCCUUUGCCCUGCGUGUGCCCCCUGCCGAGCGGAGAAUGGAUGAGCCAGUGCGGGCAGAGCAAGCCAAGGAGAUCCAGCUGAUGCACCGAGCACCAGUGGUGGGCAUCCUGGUGCUGGACGGACACAGCGUACCCCUUCCUGAGCCCUUGGAAGUGGCCCACGACCUGUCAAAGAGCCCAGACAUGCAAGGAAGCCACCAGCUACUUGUCGUGUCGGAGGAACAGUUCAAGGUGUUCACGCUGCCUAAGGUCAGUGCCAGGCUGAAGCUGAAGCUGACCGCCCUGGAAGGCUCACGGGUGCGGCGGGUCAGCGCGGCCCGCUUUGGCAGCUGUCGAGCCGAGGACUAUGGGGAGCAUCACCUGGCCGUCCUCACCAACCUGGGUGACAUCCAGGUGGUCUCACUGCCCCUGCUCAAGCCCCAGGUGCGUUACAGCUGCAUCCGCCGGGAGGACGUCAGCGGCAUCGCCUCCUGUGUCUUCACCAAAUAUGGCCAAGGUUUCUACCUGAUCUCACCCUCCGAGUUUGAGCGCUUCUCUCUCUCUACCAAGUGGCUGGUUGAGCCCCGGUGUCUGGUGGAUUCAGCAGAAACAAAGAACUACAGCCGCCCCUGCAACAGAUCGAGCCCUGAGAAGGCCUCGGGCCAAGCCAGGAACUCAGGGAGCCAGAGUGACGGAGAGGAGAGGAGAUCGGGCCCUGUGAUGGAGCACGCUCUGCUCAAUGACGAGAAGGUCCUGAAGGAGAUCCAGAGCACGCUAGAGGCAGACCGAGGGAGCUGUGGUGAUUGGCGUUCUCAGCGAGUGGCCGUGGGGUACAGCCUCGGCAACGGGGGAGGAUGCCCCUAAGCUGCUGUCACUCUAUCUCCUCCUGCAGCGGAAUGAGCAGGAUGCACGUCCGGGCUGCACGAUGAACACACACUACUGAGGGUUCUUCCUCGGGGCACUGCCCCGCCUGGAGAGGCCCGCGCACUGGGCCAUGCAGGGCCUGGGGGCAUCCCCAGUUCCCACUCUGCUGCUGCUCCUGGCCUCAGGAGGAGAGGGACCCCAGGCCCCUGGGGCUGGCCCUCCCCGGGCCUUGACUCUCUCAGUUCUUUUGUCAAUGUUGCACAGUUUUUAACCUCCUCUUCCCCUUUUUGUAGUGGGCUGGAUUUUAAAUUAUAAAUGUUAACUGCCUCCAGGUGAAAAUGAGUUUUUAAUAAACACCUUAUUACCUCUUCUCUGGACUGGCCCAACGACUUUAAUUUUUAAUUGUGCAGAGAUUUUUCCCAUAUGAAUGGAAAUGAUCGUUAGCUGGUUCCUUACCUUUGCCCCUGGGAUGCGUCCCCUGGACCAGGCAGGUGCUCAGGAGAAUGUUUUUUAAGCCACUUGAAUCAGAUCAAACUGGUUGUGUCUGAACACUAUAUGCCUUCUCUUUUUGGGAAUAAAUGAUGAGCUAAC